UGAGCCAGCACAGUCUGCCUACUACAGAGACGUGAGCCCAGGGUGUGACGUCAUUCUCCCAGAAUGCAUGGCUUUCAACGCGGCGCCCAGUAGUCCAGGCCCAGACUCUAAGAAACAUCUUUAAAACUUGUUCUAAAAUGUCGAUGUGGAUACGGAAUGGAGGCUGAACGGAGAGCUGGACUAAGGAACAAACUAACAGCUCCGGACAGAAGCAGAAUCUGGUUGUUUUUUCCUCUAGAAGUCCUCCUCCCUCCUCCAAAUCUUCCUGGCUCUCAGCAGGUCUGCAAAGAUGUUUAGCUGCCUCUGUGAUUUCACUGGUGUUCAGAGCUGCUGAAUGCUAAAAUAGACUGUGGGCCAACAAGAGCUCUUCUCACGGAACACACAGAUCCAGUCAGAGCUUCCAAAGCUCCCCAUCACAGCAGCCCUUUUGGGGUUGCUAUGGCAGCUGCUGUCACAGAGACCAAGUGCUGGACACAGGCUUGCCUCAGUAAGGCAGGACAAACCACUAGUCAUUGCUGCAAAAGACCACCAAAUAGUCAACAAACAGCACUUAGCAUUAAUUCUAGCACUCUAAGUUAACAAAACGAUCAAAGGUGUUGUAGACUGAUGGUCAGCUAUCUGGAGAAUCCUCAUGAGUCUUGUCUGUGUCUGCUCAGGCUCUUGGCUAGAGUCCCUGUGCGGCAGCAGAGCCAGUAUCGUUCCAUGUGUUAGACCAUGUUCCACCAGCAGGACCAUUUGAAGAGCCAGCUGCAAGAAAGCCACUUAGCCACUAGGCAGCUCUUCCACUGCCAGGAGUGUGGGAAGCAGUACAACACCCAGCUGGGAUAUAGACGCCACCUGGUGGCAGCCCACAGUGCCACAGCGGGCCUUCCCUGCCCAGAGGGGGCGCCUUCCCUGCUUGAGCACCUGGGCAGCCAUAUUGAUAGGCCUCCACCAUCAGAGGGAAACACUAACGCUGCUGUGCCAGUGAGAGAGAGGAAGUACUCAUGUGAGAGAUGUGACCGCCGUUUUUAUACUCGUAAGGAUGUACGACGUCACGCCGUGGUGCAUACAGGGCGUCGUGACUUCCUGUGCCCGCGCUGUGCACAGCGAUUUGGCCGCAGAGACCACCUGACUCGCCACUUGAAGAAGAGCCAUGCCCAAGAGUCAGGGUUGAUGCCACCAUGUACACCCAGCACUCCUGUGACUACACCAACCCCUGCCCCCCAGUGUCCGGUGAAGGAGGAACCCAGCCCCGUGACCUCUGAUAUGAGCUCUGUCUCCAAGGAGCCCAUGGAGACUUACUCCAGGGACAUGUACAACUCAUACCCCAUGGCCAACCCUGUCCCUGGAUUGGGCCACCCCCAUGGUCUCAUGCAGGGCUCCUUGUCUUCGGGUAUGAGUGUGGGCCGCCACAUGACUCCUCAGUCUUCUCACCCCCACCACCAUCACCUGCAGGCCCCAGCAGCUCCACAGCAGCAGCCCUACAACAACAUGGCCAGGUACCAGCACAGCUCUACCUCAUAUCCUCGUGCCGACGUGGACAGUUUCCUGCUGGACCUGCAGAGUGCUCCACCACCUCAUCUGAGUGUGGCCAAUUCCUCUACCUCUAGUUCUGCCUCCCCUCAGAGGGAGGUGCUGGGUGAAGGAGUGGGUGCUGUUUCCGACUCCCAUCUGCUGUCCAGGAGCCCUGCUAUCUCCUCAACUGAGCUGUCCUGCACCACUAACAUGGACCUUGGGCCUCUGCUGGGCUUUUUGCCUUUCAGCCUGCCGCCUUACAGCCCUCACAUGGGGAUGGGAGGGUUAGUGAUGAGCUAUCCACCUGCCACCACCACCGCCUCCUCUCCAUCCUCCUCUACUGGGCUGUCCUCCCAGGCUCCAGGUCCUUUCACUUUCUUCCAGCCUCCCCAGGCUCAUGUACCCCAGGGCCCCGGAGCCCACAGCCACAGCCAACUACCUCAGGCAUACAGCAGUCCUGCUAUGAGCACAUCUAGCUCCCUACCUCACUACUACCAAGCCUUUCAACAGUAAACAGUUCUGUUCCCACAAAUGUUUUUCAUGGAAAGGGCAAAACAUGAGAACAACAUCUUUGUAUAACAAAUGUUUAACUUUAGGCUGUCAAUGCUAAAGAUGCUAAUCUUAGUUGUUUUUGCUGAACACAACAAAUCACCUCGUCAGUAUUACCUCAUUAUUUAAUAAGGAAGCUUGAACCUUUUGAGGAAAUGUAGGCACUCUCACUACAACCAAAAUAGUGUACUAUUUCUUUUUGUCAGACUUGUUACCAAUAGUCCAUGCACUUAACUCUCAUUACAGGAGCUGCACACCAGGGAGAGUCGUCCAAUUUUAGGUUAUCAUGGAAAAUACUACAGUGUUAGGGAAUAUUUGAUCCAGUGAUGUAUCAUGUUUCUUACUGAAACUAAUGUGAGAAUUUUUCAUUUUAGAAUACUGGAGAAUAAAUGGCCUCACAGAGUGGCACAGUAUGUACUCAAUUACAGUUAGUGAGUACAUGCAAAAAAAAAAAAAAAAGAAAUUGAAAAACUCAAAACUCAGCAGCAAUGAUGCAAUAUCUGGUGGUUAACACAUAAAAAUAAAAUAAUGCAGUAAAGACCUUUCCUUCCAGUUAUCCAGCAUUACACCAACUGAUAUGUCUGCAACAAGUGCAUUAGUAGAUCUGCCAUUAUUUCAACAGGUGUAAAUUCAUGUGGAAUUCAGAAUUGGGCAUUUGACCUUUUGAAGUCUCUGCAGGUUUAGCCUAGAACAGUAAGAGUUAACAACUGCUGUAAGGCUAGGCUCUGAUAUAAUGAUACUAUAAACCCAAACCCAUCUAUUAUUUGUCAGAUGAACAGCAAAUAAAUGAUAUCACACACUUCCUGAACUUGAACAGCAAAAACAUUUAUAUUCUAUCAGAAUCCAAAUGUCUUUUGUUAUGUUCUUAAUUCUUAUGCCUUGAUGUUGGCAAAAUAUAGCAUAGCAGUUCUUCAAGUCUGAAUUCCAUAUGCGAAGAUCCUGGUGAUUUUUAGAAGCAGUUAUGAGAUCACAGCAGCAUGCUGACACAAACUAUGGCUAAUUUUUUGCUCCGUUACAUAACAUCACCAGAUUAAAAUACAAUUAUUUUGCAUUUUCAACCACACCAAAUAACAUAAGGCAGAAAGCUGCUGAAUUUUUAAAAAGAUAAGUUCUGACCUUGUGGGCCGUAACAUUUGAUACAACAGAUGGCAUUCAGACAAAGAAAUGUUGAUUUAAAGAAAUGAUCUUGAGCUCCAUAUACUCCCAAUAUAUAUGGAUUACCUGAACAGUUCAUCCAAAAAUGAAAAUUCAUCCAUUAGCUACACACCCCAAUGGUGACGAAGUUUCUUAGUCCGUGGCAAAACAGUGUUGCAGCAUUCUCUCCCUUAAUUGAAGAUUAUUAUUUUUUAUAUUAAAUUAUUAUUCAGUUUCCCUGAGGGAGUCAUCCCAAAGGGAUCAAUAAAGUGAGGUCUAGGUCUCUAUGCUGGGGACCUGUUUUAAAAUGUACUUAACUUUAAAGCCACUGUACAAGAUCAGAUAGAUCUCUGUAUAUCUCAGUACUUUACUGCUAUAUGGAAGCUUCUGUUACAUAUUGUUUAGAGAAGCAUGGACGUGUUCAAGCUUGUGCACCCAUUUCAGACAGGUGUAGCGGGUGUGGGGCAGAAACAGCACCUUAUUAGGUGAGUUAAGCUGUAUAUGGUAUUUUAAAAUACAAUGUGUGAAUCUUUUCAUCCCCUCAGGUUCCCAGAGCUCCAAAUCUGAAACAGUCAAUCACUGAAAAUAUUUGCAGUGCUUCAAAUUUGUGACAUUACUGUCUCUGGUGCCAGACCUGAAGCUUCCCUGAUUCUACAGCAUUACCAAAACGUGCUCCGUUGACAUGUUUGUCUCAACACACCUAUUGGUGGUGAGAAUUGUUACUUUCUUUUUCUGUGAAUUUCACUUACCAGAAACGGUGUUGUUUUGCCAGUUGGUUCACUGGACCACCAUGGUGAGUGGGCCCCCUCUUCUCUACCCUGUUAGAUGAGGUUAGAGAACUGGACUCCAGCUGUCUUCACCUUCAGCGCUGAGUCUCAGGUGCAAUCUUCCAAAUCUUGUCUUUGUGUAAGUUUAACUCAAAUGUUUGCAAACGAACCCGCAACACUGUCAAGCAUUAGAUGAUCACAGCACUCCCAGGACGAGCAAAUGAACAAAGAACAAGGGCAUGUAGGUUUUUCAUACAGUUUCUGUGAGUCACUUUAUCUGUCAUAGUUACACAUUGUCCUACCUGUGUAGGGCAAAAACAGAAUCUUAAGAGAUAAUAGGGUGGUUAGAUCGUCCUUAUCGGUCCUGUCCUUGGACGUGGCGAGGGGCCCCUGCAGUCUGUCCUUACUGACACAUGGAGCACAGAGAGAGAGGCUCCCACAGUCUGCUUGUUUGCUCACAGGGUGGGGUCCCCGGCAUCUACCUGUUUGCUGAAGUCCCAACAUUAUUCAGUUUAUGAAAAUGCUGCAACACUUGUUUUACUGUGAAGUUUCAGAAAUAUUUUGUGGACUAAGAAACUUCGUAGAGCUUUCAUGGACAUGGGUGUAAGUAGAUAAUGACUGAAUUUUCAUUUCUGGAUGAACCGUUCUUUUAAAAUGCUUGCAUUUUCGCAGGGAUCAUGUUUACUGCAAAUGGAAAGCAGUGGGUGAAUCAAUCUGAAAUUCCUGCAGACUUUAAUUGCGGUCAGUCACAGUUUAUCUGUUCCUCCCCUCCUCCUGUGAUGCUCCCAGCACCCUCAGCGUGUCCUUGGCAUCUCUGUCUGAAUGAGGCCUCACAGAGCAGUGCAGCAGAUGUUUGUUGUGUGGCCCUUAAUUCUUUUGAGUCUGCUGUGUUUAAAGGUGAAAUAGAGAAAUCUGAUAUGCACAGUUGCUAACCAGAUCACUGAUCUCAGGGUUGCUGCCUGUCGCUUCGAAAACAAAAAAAAGCAUGUAUUAGUUUCUUAGGUGUUAUAGAAAUUAGCCCUGAUGGCCAUCCAACAGAACCCGCGGUCAUGUGUUUAUAAGAUUUUUGGGAAUAAAAUGAAAAUGAUUUCAUUAUAGUAGGAGUUGGUCGUCCAGAACUGUAACACUGAGUUUCAGAGGAGCUAGAAAGCUUGUCAAAACAAUUUAACUCAUGGAAAGCAGAAAAUCACCUGUACACUCACACCUUAUGUCAUACUAAGGAAGCACUUUGCAAUAUGUCGCUUUAUCUCUUGUCCGGAUUGUCCAGCCCUCUCGCCCAUUUAUGUAUUUUCAGUAUGGGAAGGUGGAAACCCUAGCUAACAUAAUGUGACCUGGGGCAUUUGGGAACAGCCAUUAGUUUGCCUUUAAUUGAGGCAAAUGGAAGUCUCAAAGUGCUCCCUGUUACCUGUAUUUGUUCUUUUCAGACUGGACCACUGGAUUUGAGCAGAGUCUGUCACCUGCUUGUUUUGAAUUUACUGAAGUUCUACAAAGGCCUUCCAGAGCACUUGUCCUUAUUCCCUACCUUUUACUUUGCCACUGUUGGUAUUGAUGGCCAUUCCUUCAAGACUGUGGGACUGGAUGUCAAGAGUUCUGAUGAAAUGAGGACUAAAACUCACCCCCCAAACCUCUUGUCCUGGCUUCCUCUAUGCUGCAGGGCCUCAGGAAAACAGAGAAGGGAAGCAAUUAAAGAGCUGUUGGUGUGUUGACAUUCAAGGUUCCUUUAACAGUGUCACAUUGCAGCAUGACAAAAAAAAUAAUGGAUCCUAAUUGGCAGCCUUCCAAUAAUGGACACUCCACUCAAGAAAUUGGUCAACUGUAGUGGAUAUGGAGGUGCCCUCCAGCUGGAUGUUGUGAGUGAUGUGAUGUGAUCUUGGAAAGAAGAUAUCUAGAAAGAGUCCAAUUGUGCUUUCUAUUUUGCCUUAAUUCCAUGAACUUGAUGUUGAAGGAAUUCCUUUCCUGGCAUUGUAACCAGCCUCCAAGUGUUGCACCAAUGUCUUAAAAUGCUACUGUUGUGCCUCUCUAAGAGUGUCUGACCUUUUGACAGGGUUUAAGCACUUAUGACAUUUGAUCUGUACCUCAGACGCAUACAAAUGUGGGUUUCUGUUUUUAUUUGUAUUUGCUUCUAGUUAUUUUUGGCUCUUAUUUGUGCCAUUAGAUUGAAACUAUAAAAGUAGAUUUUAUGAAUCUAAACUUUUUAUCUAGCGGCAGACAUUAUAAUUCAGUCAAACUUUCUACCUCUACCAUGUCAUAUAUCUUUUUGCAAAAAUCAUUAGAAAUAGUUUUAACCUGUAACAGUUAGACCGUUUUUACCACUGUUGAAGAUGGGGAUAUGUUCAGAAUUCAACUUUGAAGGACCAGGUACACAAAAGUCCCAUUGGUCUAUUCCAGGGUCAAACAUUGUUCUCUAUAUUUGCCUUUAAUGAUAUAUCUACUUAUUUACUACCUCAGAAGAGACAGGUGACUGUCCAUCUAACUGCAGAGAAAAUGUCUGUGUAGAGUUUUAUUUUUUGUCAGAAAAAGCACAUGUACUUUGUAGCUCCAUAGUUUUUUACUGAGAUUAGCUCACAGCAAAAAUAAUGUCUACUGCAAGACCCAGUUCACACUGCAUUUGUUCACACUGCUUCUUCAGUCUGGGAUGUUUAUGAAUCUGGGUUUCGAUCUAAAGGAAUUCUACAGUUAUAUGUUGUGACAACACUUUGGUGGUGUGGAUACUCGCUCUGAGUGUUUGACCUGAAAGCAACAUCAUCACUAACUAUCAAACUGUGCCUGCUUUGAGUUGAGCGAUGCUGAUUUAUCAAAAACAAUUCCAAACACUUGUUGGUUCCAACCUCUCCAGUGUGGCCGUUUGCUGCUUUUCUGUCAUUCUAAAUGGAUUACCUUUUUGUUUUGUUGCUUUUAUAUCAGGCAGUUUUAACAUAUCACUGUGGGCCCUGGAAGUGAUAAAGGAUGUUCAACUUUAUUUUAUGAUUUGCAAAAAUAUCCCCCCCUAAAUGAGGCUACAUUCCCCAUUUGGGGAACCAGACAAUUGGGCUCCCUGAAGGCCCCAUGUUCAGGGUGUACCAAUUAGGUCAUGGUAAUUUGAUCAAUUGAAAAGUUGUGAAUGUACGCCACAAAAAUAUCAGUUCAGCUUAUAAGGAGACACUGUUAGAUGAUCUGACACACACACUUCAUUUGAACCAUACUGAGGCCUGUGAAAUGCCCAGUUUUACAUUUUACUGACAAGUAGUACCUGUAACAGCUGUGCAAUAAUGACUGCUGUCAGGAGGAAAGGCCGAAAAGUUGUGCCGUUACUGCACCAUGCUGUUAUUGUAUGAAUCCGUUCUAUUAACUGUCAGUGUUAGCUUCUUUUAACCAUAACCACCAUCCUUUCGUAGUGUUGUUUCAGCAGUUAUAAAAUUUACCAAAACUUUGAGGUUUUGGAUCAGAGAACAGUAAUAUGAAUGACCUUUCUAAAGAUCAUUUUUAAUGACUGUGGAAAGCAAUGACAAAUGAUGGUGGCCUACUAAUUGGAGCAUGAGAUGAAAAAACCUCAUAGGUCAAAAACAAUUUUGUGUUUGUGCAAAUUGCUACAAUCUCAAGAUCACACGGGGCUGACAGCAGAUUUUUGCACAGUGGAAGCCCCCCAACUGCAAUAACUUGAGUUAUUCACGUUACAUUUGAGAGUGGUACAUGUCUGCUCUUGCUGCAUAGCAUGUGAUGUGUUUGAAGAUGGGACAGUGUGUCUGUGCAACAAUACUAAAUACAAGUAGAAGCAUUCCAGACUGAAUGUAAAGAAGUGCAGAGCAAAGGAUACAGAAGACACCAGGAUUCAUUUCACUGAACAAUCGCUCAGUACCUUUGUGGUGCCUGCAUUUAGGUCGGCCCUGAGAACCACUACGAUGCAGGUGUCACAGCCUUUAACUUAGAUAUGUUUUGCAUUAGGUGUUUGUAUUAUCACUUAAUAGAUUAGAAGACAGUGAAAAGGAGUUGUCAUUUUCUGAUUGUCUGAACAUAAGGUAAUACAAAAUAAAUAAUUCUUUAGAUUUC